UUGAUAAAAAUAAUUAUUUUUUCAAUUAGUGAGCGUUUGUUUAUCUAUUCAGUUUGGCUUUUGAGGUGUACUCUAAUGUUUAUACCAGGUCGUAUUAGUUUAUCCUGAAGUGUGCGUAUUUAUAUUAGGAUCACCUAGUUUGGACCAUACUAUACCAAUAAUAAUUAAUUAUAUAGCCUAUAGCCUAUAUGAAGAAUUAGUUUGUCCUGAAAUCAUACUUGGUCGGUAACAUAAUGAAAUUUAAUAUGGAUAUAUUACCAGUAUUAAAAGAAGUAUUUUAUUCCCAAAAUCUGAAAUUUUUCGAUGUAAAAAUUGAUGAAAACUCCCAAAGAUCAUUUCAUAUGGGUUCACAUUUGUUAUUUGCUAAAGUCAGUAUUAUAGACCAACAGGAAAACGCACGAGAAAUUCCAUUAGCAGUAAAAGUUGGAAAAACUAAACUAGAUUCCAGCAUGGUUGCUACAGGAUGUCGCGAGUCAGCAUUUUUUAGAGAAAUUGUACCUAUUUUCAACAAAUUGCAGACCGAUUUGAAGAUUAAAAACAUAUUUAAUAAAAUACCAAAAUGUUACAGAACUUUAAUGAAAGAUGGAUAUGAAAUAAUUAUUUUGGAAAAUCUUUCAUUUUCUGGCUGGGGGGUAAUUGACUCCUUUGUAUCUCUAAACGCGGAAGGGCAAGAGGUCAUUGCAAAAAACAUAGCACAAUACCAUGCUCUCUCUUUUGCUCUGAGACAUAUAGACAAACAAACAUUUGACAAACAUGCUACAGAUUUUAAUAUGACAAACAGAGAAGUUAUGGUAAAGAUCAACGAUGUAUUUCAAGACCUAUUGUGCAAAAUAAUUGAAAAUACUUUGGAAGAGACUAACAAGCAAGAAAUGUUAUCGAAGUUUAGAAUAUUAAUGAAAAACGUUAAUGAACAAACUAUGCUGAACAUUGUUGAUGAUCUUCCGAAAGAAGUUGUGGUUGUCCAUGGCGAUCUUCAUAAGUUUAACCUUAUGUAUAAAUUUAAGGACAAAAGUUCUGGAUCUAUAGUAGAUGCAAUGUUUAUUGAUUUCCAAGAUUCCAGAAUACAUUCACCUGUUCUAGAUUUAACCUAUUACUUUUUCUUCAGCGUACAGAUACCAUUUAAGGCAUCAGACUUUUUAAAAUAUUAUCAUCAAGAACUUACAACUUAUUUACGAGAUUUAACUUGUGACGCAAAUAAACUCUUUCCGUACUCAACACUAAUAGAACAUUGGAACAAGUAUGCGUUUUAUGGUUUCUGUUGUGGAGUGACAUAUGUGACACUAGAAUUUGCUGUAGGCACCCUCCAAAAACCGUCUAAUGGUACGAUAGAGAGUGUUGAAGAACCUGUUGAUAUGGAUAAGACCAUUAGGAAUGCAUGUUUGAACCCAGAAGUGACUAAUAAUGGCUUAUAUAAACAAUCGUUAAUAAAUUUGACUGAAAACUAUCUGGAAAGCAUAAAUAUUCAAUAAUGUAGUUUUUAACUAUUAAGGCAGGUUUACAUAAUAUCCAGUAACUGACACGACAGCGCUAGCAUGGUGGGGGACUCAUGCAAACGCUUUUUUGCGCCAGUCCAACGUUGUCGGCCAGCGCUGACUCAAAUAGAAAAUUGUUUAAUUUUUAUGCCAGGAGACUGGCGCCAGUUACUAAAUGUACCAUAAAAAUAACUUAAUAGAUGUGUUAAUACACUCCCCAGACAAAAUUCCGCCACUCCAAAUUUUCGGAAUGGGACGUUUCGAUGCCGCCGGUUCAUCGCCGGUCGUUUCGAUGCCGCCGGUUCAUCGCCAGUCCAUUUCAUCGCCGUCAUAUCUCGCAUUUCCUAGAAUUCCUAAUUAAUACUAAAAAUAACUAAUAAUUGUAACUGUCGAAAAUUCGGAAAUAUAUCAGAUAGCGAUUAAUUGACUGGCGAUGAAUCGGCCGGCAUCGGCAUCGAACUGGCGGCAUCGAAACGGCGGCGAUGAAACGUCCUAGACCCCCAAAUUUUUGACUAAAUUUGACAAUUUAUAACUUUAUGAAUUGUACUCCAAAUUUUAGGAUUCUUGCAUUAGUUUGUAGGUACAUGUAUUAGUAUCGUUUGUUAUUAUUUUGGUAACAAAAAAUGUUUCAAGAAAUCCUCAAGAAAAAUUUCAUGGAAAAAUACUGAAAAAUAAGACAACGGUGGCAAAUUUUUAAAAGACUUCUCAAAAUACAUAUAAUGAAUUUUGCGUCAGUUCUCAUUAUUGGAUCAGGGUAAACAAAAAAUUCAAAAAGAUUUUAUUACCUUAUGAGUUUCUCGAUGUAAUACUGUGGAGUUGUUUUAGUUUUAUCUAAUUUUGAUUUUUGAUAUCACUGAAGUCUAAACAAAGAACUUUUAUGACAAAAAGGGGUGAAAAUCAACAUAUUUAUUAUUGUUACACAAAAAAAGGAGUAAAAAUCAAAAAACAUCUCGACAGCGUUACGUCAAGAAAUGUCUAAAUAAAAUAUAUAUAAGACUCGAGGAAAGUUGGUCAAGUAAUUUUUGAGUCACAAUGUCUACAGCCUGAAAAAAGCAAUUUUGAGAAAAAAGUGUUUAAAAUAUUGUCAACUUUAUUUCCAAUCUCUUUUUUGUCUGUCUAAUGGUAAAGUGAUACACACCGGAAUAUGUUUUUGAAUCGCGGAGAAAUUUACAAAAGAAAAUGAGAACAGUUUUUGACCGUUGUUCAUUACGUUCAGGCGUGCUGGUGCGAACCUGCUGCAAAUCGAGUAGAAAGUAGGGCUAUUAAAUACUAUCCUACCUCCCUACCUCCCUACCUUCGACUUGCUUUGCAGAAAGUUCGAGCCAGCGUGCUUGAGCGUAGUAAGAAACGGUCAACAGCUGUUCUUAUUUUCCUUUGUAAAUAACUCCGCGAUUUAAAAACAUAUUCCGGUAUAUUCCGGUGUGCAUCACUUAACCAUUUGACAGACAAAAAAGAAAUUGGCUGUGAAUUUUCUGGCUGUAGACAUUGUAACUCAAAAACUACUUGACCAACUCACCUUGAAUUUUAUAUAUAUUUUCUUUAGAGAUUCCUUGAGGUAACGUUGUCGAGAUAUUUUUUGUUUUUUGCUCAUUUUUUGUUUAACAAUAAUAAAUAUGUUGAUUUUCACCCUUUUUUCCAAAAAAAAUAUUUGUUUAGACUUUAAACUAAAAAACUCCACAGCAUUACCUCGAGAAACUAAUAAGCUAAUAAAAUAUUUUUUAAUUUUUUGUUUAUCAUGAUCCAAUGAUGAGUUCUCUGAGAAUUUUUUUGGAAAAAGGGGUGAAAAUCAACAUAUUUAUUAUUGAUAAAAAAAUGAGCAAAAAACAAAAAAUAUCUCGACAACGUUACCUCAAGGAAUGUCUAAAGAAAAUAUAUAUAAAAUUCAAGGUGAGUUGGUCAAGUAGUUUUUGAGUUACAAUGUCUACAGCCAGAAAAAAGCAGUUUUGAGAAAAUUGCUUUUAAAAUAUUGUCAACUUUUAUUUCAAUUUCUUUUUUGUCUGUCAAAUGGCAAAGUGAUGCACACCGGAAUAAACCGGAAUAUGUUUUUAAAUCGCGGAGUUAUUUACAUAAGAAAAUAAGAACAGCUGUUGACCGUUUCUUACUAGGCUCAAGCACGCUGGCUCGAACUUGCUGCAAAGCAAGUCGAAGGUAGGGAGGUAGGGAGAUGGUGUUUAAUAGCCCUACUUUCUACUCGAUUUGUAGAAUUAUUCUACCAUACUUUAAAAAAAAUGUGUUUGGAAUAUUGAUAUCAACCCCUUCGGCCCCCCUUAAGGAUAGCUAUGACACAAUUUUGAUAGGCAACCCAUGCUAGAAAUAUUUUUAUGUUUCAUCCGGCAAGCAGAUAUGUACUGGUCGACCUAUAUUCGUAUCCAGUAAUAAUCGUAAAUGAUGUAAGUUUAAAAGCCAUGUAAACACAAAAUAUGUUAUUUACACAAGAUUGUAUAAUUGAAAUAAUAAAUAGAUGUUUCAUUAAUAGUUAUUAA